UGUAUUAUUAUUAGUUGUAUCUUUGCUAUUGAAACGUUUUACUGAUUACUAAUUUCCAUGUCAUGCUUAGAAGACACACAGUCGAAUUGUAGAUGUCAAUAUACGUUCACGUUAACGGACGAAAUGGUUCAUGAACAAAUUUCUGAAAUGAAAGAUAGCUUUAAUCAUGUACCCAGUAUUCAUGAAGUUGACGAAGAAGACACUGAUGAGGAAGAUACCUGUGAUCAAGAAUUGAAGACCCCCAAAGAUAUAGAACACACUGCAAACAUAAUAAAAGAUACCGUGGAUGAAGAUUCUAUUUACACUAAUGACUCCUUUUGUUCUGAUGAGUCUUGUGAUGUAUCUGAAGGAACUAAUGUUACUUCAAGAUCAAUUAAUGAUUCCCAUUUUUCCCCCCAAAUCACUAAUUGUAAGCAUAAUCAGGAGGAGAAUAAGGAUAAACAAGAAAAGUCUGAACAUAUAAUACAAAAUAAUGAAAUUACAAAUUCAGUUGGCUGUAGGAGUUCAAUAUCUGAGGAUGAUUCCAUAGGAAUUAAACAGAUAAGAAAUAGAAGAAAAAAUAUGAGUUUUACAGAUGAAGAAUUACGGAAAAUCGAAUGGGAAAAUCAAAUUCUCUUAAAGAAGAUAAUGGCACAACAAAAACCAAAAGAAAAGAUACUUCAUGAAAAUGUUCAACUACCCCGAAUAAGUAGUUCUGCAAUAAAUAGAAGAAAAUUACAGAAGAGAAUAGAAAAUGAAAAUAUAUUAUUGCUCCAAAGGAUACAACAAACUAAAUCACGUGUUAUGAACAACAUGACAAAACCUGGUUGUAGGCAGACAGUUUUAUAA